AAAUGUUACACAGGCCGAAACUUACAGUAAUCCUAUCAGUAUUACUCACCUUCCGGUUAGCGGAUUGCUGGUUCCUCUCAAUGCUCGGUGGUGGUGCUGGUGGUUGCCAAAAUCAAUGUCCGCCAGCUUACUCUGGGUAUUAUCAAUCUCGGAAUUAUAAUCCUCCGCAACAGCGAUUCAACUACGGUUUGCCUCCUCCAACACCGCCUGCAAAUUCAUAUGCAACUGCUCCAGCAAACUAUGCGGCUCCUUCAAACGCCUACCCAUUUGCUCCUCAAUACUCAAUUCCAAUGAACUCAUAUGCUAUGCCAAAAUACGCAGUUGCUCCCCAAUAUGCAAUGGUUCCAUAUCCAACCCCUCCAGCUUACGUUAGACCUCCACCGGUUUAUGUCACACCUCCACCUGUAUAUAUAACCCCACCACCAACUACAACUACUACAAUUCCACCACCAAAAUGUUUCCAAAACACUCAGGGAUACAAAUGUUGCAAUCGACAGUUGGAUCAAUUUUUAGAACAGAAAGUUGGAGAGAUGUUGAAGCCAGAAUGGCAGAGAUGUAAUCUGCAACGAUUUGCAACACAGCUUCAGCACGAAACGCAACAAAUGUUCAAUCAUUCAAUGGAAGCAAUCGUUGCCAGUGGAGAAGUACAAAAUCUUUCAAAUUACCGCGGAGACCUUUAUUGCAAAAAGCGGAGUCGAGACGGAAAGAUUGUUGUGAUAUAUGGCUCAGCAGUUCCAUAUUCUCUAGAUACCGGAGUGACUCGUCCAAUGAACGAUGACGAGUUGAGAACUCAAAUGUAUCCGGCUAAGUAUGAUGAAAUUGGAGUGCAUGAUGGACAUGAAGAGAACAUUUGGUUCUAGGAAUAUUUAUUUGAAUUAAUUCUUGUUUUUAAUUAUUUCGAAGUAGCCUAUUUAUAAUUGUUGAAAUCUUUUUUAAAUAUUUCCAAAAAUUUCCAAAUUUCCAUCUCCAAAAUUGAUCUUGAAUUUAUUCUCCAGCCAAUUCUUUUUCAUCUUUUAUUUUUUUUCAGCUUUUUAUUAUUUUAACUUUAUACUUUGAAUUAAUAAUUAUAUAUUUCUUUUUUUCAUAUUGUUCUAUGCUCACUUGUAUAUAAAAGGAAAUAAAGUUCU